GAAUAUAUGAUAAACUUCAAGAGUUUGUAUUAAGUGGAGAAAUUAAACAUGAUGAUGUACCUAAAGUGUCAACAAUACAAAAUUGGAUUAGCAGAUAUCAUAGAGAAUUCAAAGAAAAAGCUACAGAACAGGCUCAAAAAGUAUUAGAAGAAACUCGCAUAGAAUAUUCGACUCAAAAAGCUGAAAGAACAUAA